CAUUCUUAUCAGCAAAAGUUCAGCUCUGCUUAUUCCACGCUCAGUUAAUCUCACGCUCAUUAUUGUUAUCUGGCUAAAAAUUCAAUUCACAGACUUUGCAAUCAGUCGUACUCCACUCUUCGAAGCUGCCACAACAUGAAAAUAUAUUUAGCAAUUGCGUUGCUCUCAAUGCUCAGCUGUGCUUUUGCGGAAGGUGUUGACUUUAGUCCGCGCGUGCUGGUCAAGCCACUUGAUAUGAAAAACAAUCCCAUAACAGGUAAUGAGAAUGCCGUAGAUCUGGCACGUGCUUUGCUGUUGGAGCUGCAGCUCUACAAUUUGAUGGAUCAAGUGGUGCAGGCAAAGAUUAAUGUUGAUCCCAUCUACAAAUUCGGCUUGCUGUUCGAAAUGCAAAAUGCCAUGCAGGCUGCCGAAGUAGCACAGGCCUGGAUCGAACCAAAUGGCGAAAUUGUGCGGCAGCUAACUUGCUCGCAAGAUACUUUGGAUUUCUUUGAUUAGCAGAGCGAGCACGCAUUAAAGCUAUUAAUGUUUCAGCUUAUACAUAGCUCGCUUUGUCUUAUCAUUUCAUUCGCUGCUCUAUCACAAUAGAUAUAUAUAUAUGUUGUAUGUGCAUUCGAGUAAAUCCGAUUU